UUUGGAAGACUGCUUGACCUGUGUCAUCCUAUUCAUAAAAAAUACCAGCUUGCUGUUACCAAAGUAUUCAGCAGAUACAUGACUGCUAUUGUUGUUGCCACUGAAAAAACAGCAAGAGAUUGCAUUCGGUUCCUAAAACAAGAACGAGCUGAACCUGAAACUUUUCUUGCUUUGGAUUACCUUGAUGUUAAACCAAUCAACGAAAAGUUGAGAGAGAUAAAAGGAGCUAAAAUGAUGGUGGAUGUUGUACAAACUCCAUUUGCUCCACUGAAAAAAGUGAUUCAGUUUGUGAGUGGGAAUGGCUUGGUCUGUGAAACAGUUAAAGAAGCAAAACAAAUAGCAUUUGAUGGACCAGUGAGGUUGAAAACAGUGGCUCUUGAUGGUACUUUAUUUUUGAAAUCUGGAGUGAUUUCUGGAGGAUCAAGUGAUUUAAGACUUAAAGCUAGAUGUUGGGAUGAUAAAGAAAUGAAAAAAUUGAAAGAAAGAAGAGAUAGCUUGAUUCAUGAGUUAAAGGACUUAAUGAAGAUCAAACGUAAGGAGACUGACUUGAAGCAGUUGCAUGCUCAAAGCCACGGAACUCAGACGCGACUUAAAUAUUCACAGAGUGAAUUAGAGCUUAUUAAAAAGAAACAUCUUGCUAAUCUCUACACGGAAAAAUCAAAACUGGAAAGUGAACUGGUAAAUAUUGAGUCUCAGUAUGAUAUGCUGAAUGAAGGAGUAGCACAAAGAAAAGAAAAAAUAGAAGAAUUUCAGAAAAAAAUUAAUGAGGCUGAAGAUGCUGUUUUCCAGGAGUUCUGUGAAGAAAUUGGUAUAGAAAAUAUUCGUGUGUAUGAACAAGAACAUGUGAGGCAACAAGAGGAGAUUGAUAAGAGAAGACUGGAGUUUGAAAAUCAGAAGACAAGACUAAACAUUCAGCUGGAAUAUAAUCGUGAUCAUCUACAAAAAUUAACAAACACAGUCAGCAAGUUGAGGGAGACCAUUCAUAAAGAUGAAGCUGAGAUUACCGGGCUACAGAAGGAUGAGGAAAAGCUUCUAAAAAAAGUGAAUGAAAUUGUGGAGGAGCAGCAACAUCUUAAGGAUAGAUUAAGUGCUCAUAAAUCUGAGGUUAUAAAAACCCAAAAUGAAGUUGAAGAGUUCAGAAAGACUUUGUUAACUCUUAAUAGGGAAGCUACAAAAUUACAAAAGGAAGCUACAGCUAUAGAAACUGCACUGGAAGAGAAAAGAUUAAGACGACAUAAUAUGCUUCUUGAAUGCAAGGUGCAGGACGUGAAAAUAAAGCUCCUGUCUGGAUCACUGGAUGACAUCAGUGAAGUAGAGCUAGGAACUGAAACAGAAGGCACUCAGACUACAUCAAGUAUCUAUGAAAGGGAGGAGGCAAUUCAGAUAGACUACAGCAGCCUAGCAGAAGACCUGAAGGACCUAGAGUCUCAUAAAGAUAUAGAGGAUCAUCUGAACCAGAUGCAGCAGGAAAUAAAAUCUAAAGAGAGUACUUUAAUGAAGACAGCUGCUCCAAACCUGAGAGCAGUAGAGAAAUUACAGAUAGCUCGGGACAAGUUCCAAGAAUCAAUAGAUGCUUUUGAGACCAGCAGAAAGGAGGCCAGAACACGCAAGCAAGAAUUUGAACAGGUGAAAAAAAGGAGAUAUGAGCUUUUUAGCCGGUGCUUUGAGCAUGCCUCGGUAGCUAUUGAUCAGAUCUACAAGAAACUUUGCAGAAACACUAGCGCUCAGGCAUUCCUUAGUCCUGAAAAUCCUGAGGAGCCUUAUCUGGAAGGCAUUGGCUUUAACUGCGUGGCUCCGGGAAAACGCUUUAUGCCAAUGGACAGUUUGUCAGGAGGUGAAAAAUCUGUGGCAGCUCUGGCUCUUGUGUUUGCUAUACACAGUUUUCGGCCAGCACCUUUUUUUAUUUUAGAUGAGAUAGAUGCUGCCCUGGAUAACACAAACAUUGAUAAAGUAUCAAGUUUCAUUAGAGAGCAGGCACAUGAACAGUUUCAAAUGAUAGUUAUUUCUCUAAAGGAAGAGUUUUAUUCCAAAGCAGACGCAUUGAUUGGAGUGUGUCCAGAGCAUGAUGACUUUAUGUUCAGUCGAGUACUGACUUUGGAUCUUACCGAGUAUCCAGACGGUGAUGACCAGGAAAGAACAGAGAAGUACAAACGCAGUUCUGUGUCAGAAUGAAGCAUGGACGAUUUCAGGGCCAGCUGACAACAGCAAGAGCUGUGUUUACAGCUGGCUGUUACAAAUCUGAGUUUGAGUGUGG